UGCUCGUGUUAGAUACUGUCCGGAAUGCUAUGCUGAUGCCGAUGGGGUAUUAUGUGUUCACUGCGAACUAAAUGACUUGUUCCAGGUUUAUGAGGCCAGACUUUUUCGUCUUAACAAGGGAAAGCGUGGAGAGGUGAUUACAUCUGCCGAGGAGGCUGUAGAUCUGCAGAAGAAGAAGUCUGCACUGAAUCGUUUCUAUACAACUCUAGCCCGAACAGACAAGAAUUCAGGUUCAGCUACUGCAGAAUAUGAAGAUUUUGGAAAGAAGAGGGACUUAGAGGACAUUAUGGUGUCGAAAGCUCCAUCUGAUUUGGAAGUAGUGUUGGGCCUUAUUAAAAGCAACUCCCGGGGCCUAUUAGAUGCUGAAGGUGUAUUGGCAGCCAAAAAGCAGCUGCAGCUUCUUGAGGGGAUGCGAAAGGAGUAUGCGCAAGCAAGGCUCCUGUCGACAGCUCAAGCACAUGUUCUACGUGCUCAUGAUGAGAUUAUGAUGGCAACUUCUCGACUACGCCUAAAAAAGGAUGAGAAUGACAAAUCUAUUGAUGCCUUAGAUCAAGGAGAAUUAGAUGCAGCCAAUGCUGAAUGGUCUAGCGAAAAGUUUUUCUUUUUAUCUUCUUUAUCAAGAACAAAGGGACAACUUCGCUACUUGAAG